AUGAGCCAAAGUCGUACCCUCCGUCAAAAAUCACAAAAAUACCAAGAAAACAUUGAAAAAAGAGGUGUUGCUUCACCAAAGAAGAAAGAAGAUGGUUUAAAUAUUAAUCCAUACGUUUUGGGUUUCAUUAUUUUUGUUGUAGUUGGUUCAACUCUUUUACAAAUCCUCAAAGGUCAAUAA